CUCCGGUUCUGCAUCGUAUCCUUAUUCAGGAGCAACAAUAUUUCUUCAGUCUACUUAACGAUGGCUAAAACGAAUCAGGUGAAAAAAAUGCAAAAGCAGCGUUUGUCGGCGCUAAAACGCAUGAUCAAACCCACCGACAGUCGGCUCAAACCGGAGCAUCGGGCCAAAGUGAACACGAAAAAGAAAUCUGCCAACGAUGAACUCAAGCCGAUGGAAAGACCACAGGUUAGCUCUGCAAUGUUCUUCCAGUACAACACGCAGCUAGGGCCACCGUACCACAUUCUGGUGGAUACGAAUUUCGUCAACUUUAGCAUAAAAAAUAAGCUCGAUAUCGUAAAAACCAUGAUGGACUGUCUGUACGCAAAGUGCAUACCGUACGUCACGGACUGUGUGCAGGCCGAGUUGGAGAAGCUCGGUCCAAAGUACAAACUAGCACUGCGUAUCAUUAAGGACCCUCGGUUCGAGCGAUUGCACUGCAUGCACCGCGGGACGUAUGCGGACGACUGUCUCGUGCAGCGUGUCACACAGCACAAAUGCUACAUUGUGGCCACGAACGAUAAGGAUCUGAAACGCCGCAUCCGCAAAAUACCUGGUGUUCCGAUCAUGAACGUUGCCAUCAACCGCUACGUCAUAGAGCGGAUGCCGGACGCCUUCGAGCCGCUUACAAAGAAAUGAUGAUGCUUUACGUUUACUGGUUAUUGAUUUAUUAAGAGAAAAUACAAACAUUACAAACAAAUGAUCAAUGUGUGUUCUGUGGUGUGUUAAGCAAGCCCGAAACAAAGCGCUUUAGCGGUGGAGCUACCUGUGUGACGAUGAAAGGCUUACAUUGAAAAUGCUUGUGUGCGGAGUAAGUUGCGUUAAUUAACGAGUCGCGUCGAGCGCUCUCCAAGGCACCAUGGCCACUUAUUGCAUGGUGUUCACGAUGUCGUCGAUCUUUAGAAUGGAACGCACCGUCUCAGACGCCAGCGUGAUCGAUGAAGUGGAUACGAGUAACGGCUGAACUACGUUCUCCGCCAGAAUGUCGGUGAUUGCUCCCUUGCGAACGUUGAUUCCUGCAUUUUUCUCGCCUUGUGCGUGACGAUUACGCAACUCCGUGACCGUGGCGAUCGGAUUGAGACCAGCGUUCUCGGCGAGUGUCGAUGGAAUGACUUCCAGUGCAUCGGCAAACCCGCGGAAGCAGUACGCGUCGACUCCCUGCAGCGUUUGGGCGUACGCUGCCAACUGAAGUGCCAUCUCGA